AUGGCCCCUUCCCGGAGACCAGUGUGGGCAGGCCACCUGGGACUGCAGAGCCGGGUGGCCGGCCGGAGGGGAGGCAGAUCUGGGGCCUCGGGGACCACUGCUCUAAAGCUCAGGGCUGGAAGUUGUGGCCAGAGACACAGAGGCUGUUCCAGGUUCUGGUGGGUGUACCGGCCACCUGUCAUAACCAGUGGUCCCCGGGCUUACCGGUCCCGAGGCCGAAAUCUUUCGGAGGCUGCCCUCUCUCCGCGCGUCGUGUGUUCCGUUGCCCCAGGGCAGGAACUGAGCCCGCGCCCUCUUCCCUGCAGAAUUUCCUACGACCCUGCCAGGUACCCCAAGUACCUGCCCGAGGCCUACUGCCUGUGCAGGGGCUGCCUGACCGGGCUCUUCGGGGAGGAGGACCUACGAUUCCGGAGCGCCCCGGUGUACAUGCCCACCGUCAUCCUGCGGCGGACCUCGGCCUGCGCGGGCGGCCGCUGGGUGUACACCGAGGAGUACGUCACCGUGCCCGUGGGCUGCACCUGCGUCCCCGAGCAGGAGAAGGAGGCCGACGCCGUCAACUCCAGCAUGGACAAGCAGGGCGCCAGGCUUCUGCUCGGCCCCGGCGACAAGCCGGGCCGGCCCUGA